CACUCCUAAGGCUGAGUUCAGAUGAACUGAACAAGUCCAGUUCAAAAUGCCACCUCUGAGGGCCAGGUUUCUGCCCAGGAGAGACCUGCGGGACUUCCUGACUAGACGCAGGAGAGCUGAGAGGACAGAAUAAGAUAGUCCUUCUAGUGACUAUAUGUAAAUAAUGGCUUUCUACAUUUAUAAUACAGUCUUAGCUCUUGGCCGGACGAGAUUCCUUAGCCAUUUUGUCCACUCAACCUGUGCUCCCUAUUUCCCAUCACUUGAGUUUCAUCACUUGCCAGGUUCCCAUUUAAACAGAACAAUUAUGAAGAAAUAUGGAAGCAAGAAGUUCUACCCUAGUCAGUCAGGCAAUAAAGUGCCUCAUGUAUACACUAGAAUAAGACAAAAUCUACACACAUCAACUCGCUGGCUACAAGAGAUCCCUGGUAAACCUCAGCAAGAGCAAGCUACCAAAAAGUCACAGAUAACAAGACUUCAACCAACAAAAGAAACAGGCAUGAAGACUAAGGAAUCAAAGCAACCUCUUAGACAAAAAAUCGUGGAUGAAUGUAAAUAUUAUUAUAAUGGGUUCCAUUUGCUUUGGAUUGACACCAAAAUUGCUGCCAGGACGGUUUGGAACCUGUUGCAUGGACAGGUGCUGACCAGACGAGAGAGACGAAGGCUGUUGAGAACUUGUGCUGAUAUCUUCCGCCUGCUUCCAUUUAUGAUAUUCAUAUUGGUACCCUUCAUGGAAUUCUUACUGCCACUGUUUCUGAAACUUUUCCCAGAGAUGUUGCCAUCAACUUUUGAAAGUGAAUCUAAAAAGGAAGAAAAACAGAAAAAGAAAAUGGCUGCAAAGUUGGUUCUAGCAAAAUUUCUUCAAGAAACAGUUACAGAAAUGGCCUGGAGGAACAGGGCCAAGUUGGGAGAUGCUUCUACGCAGUUCUCAUCCUACAUCAAGCAGGUUCAGACAGGACACAAGCCCAGCACCAAGGAGAUUGUUCGCUUUUCAAAACUAUUUGAGGAUCAGCUAACUCUGGAACACCUAACCCGACCUCAGCUUGUUGCCCUUUGCAAACUGCUAGAAUUGCAGUACUUUGGAACCAACAAUUUACUCCGCUUUCAACUCCUGCUGCAACUGAUGUCUAUAAAAACAGAUGAUGAAGCAAUUGCCAAAGAAGGUGUGAAUGCUUUGAGUGUGCCAGAACUACAAGCUGCCUGUAGGGCUCGAGGGAUGAUAUCCUUGGGUCUUACUGAGGAACAAUUGAGACAACAGCUUACAGAGUGGCAGGACCUCCACCUGAAAGAGAAUGUGCCGCCUUCUCUAUUGCUCCUGUCACGAACAUUUUAUCUACUAGAUGUGAAGCCAAAGCCAGUUGAGAUCCCACUAACUGUGAAGACUACAAAGGCAAACAUUCCUAUGAAAUCACUUACUUCCUCUGCUUCUAAAGAGAACUUGGUGGAUGUAGCACCUGAACUAAAGGAAUCUAAGGAUGAAGAAGUUACACAGGUACCACCAGUCUCAUCAUCAUCUAUAACAUCAUCUGUCACUAUUUCAUUACCUAAAGAAUCCAUCACUUCUGCUAAUGAAGCUGCCACAUCACAAGAGAAAACCCAGAAAUGCAAGGUUAAUUCAAAAGGUGCACAAGACUACUGAAAGAUAAAGCUCAUUCUCUUCAACUGCCUGCCCUUAAGCAAUGGUAGCCUCCAGACCUCCCAACUAAGACUAUCAGUGUCCAUCUGAGGUAGAGGG